AUGCCUCUUGACACUACGCUAUACUUGAUAGCCUCAUUCCUCAUGCUGUCCGAAUCAUUUGUGGCGUCGACCCUGUCAUCCGCUAAAUCUCCGACAGCCUCGCUGAGAGAUGUAGGGAUCUGCGUUCACGAUUUACAGCCUUCGUCAAUCCUGCGAUCGACCUUCAAGAAGAGCUCUACUACAACCAAUUGUCUGGCAGUUAGCCCCUCGCAUAUUUUCACAGCCCAGGCAGACAAGGCUGUCCUGCACGUGUAUAGUAGAGAGAAGGGAAACCAAGAAGGAAUUGUCCCAUUUCCGGAACGGAUACGCAGCAUUGCUGUUGCGGGCGGCAAGUAUGGUGAUAUUCUAGUUCUGGGUACUGAGGGUGGUCGCUUGAUCCUCUGGGAGACUUGUACAGGACGCCAGGUAGCCACGACCGCGUCUCACUUACAGCCAGUGACCUCCCUCGUCAUCGACCCUACCUCCAACUUCAUUCUUUCUGGAUCUAGCGAUGCCAGUGUGCACGUCUGGUCUUUGCCUGGUAUCCUUUCUUUCUCCAAACCUGCUUUGAGCGCAACUCGGCAGCCCACGAAUUCUCCCAUUCGGACUUUUUCAAACCACCGCGCAGCCAUCACCUCUCUGGCAUUCGGACACAGCAAUGGCCGGAACAACAUUGUGGUAUCGACCGCCAAAGAUAACACCGCCAUUGCAUGGGAUUACCACACCGGUCGCGCAUUGAGAACCUUCCUCCUCCCCUUCUCCGCAACAUCUGUAGUCCUGGAUCCAGUCGACCGGGCUUUCUACGUUGGAUAUGAAGAUGGCAGCGUUCAAUCAGUAGACUUCUACCGAGGCCAUUCCGCACAGCACCCCCUCCAUGACCCAUCCGUUCAAUCCACCCCAGUCCAGGUCUCCACUGAAGACCGGUGGCUCCCUCCAUCCGCCGAAUCAGGAUCGGCCAAUACCCUCUCCCUUACAUACGACGGCACCACGUUACUCUCUGGCCAUGCAAAUGGUAAGAUUCUGUCUUGGAACGUUGCGCGCCGUAAGUACAUCUCCUCGGUGGCCGACUACACACAUCCGAUUACGAACCUGGUGAUGCUCCCGCCUGGCGGCAUCCCCCACCCAUCCUCGGACUUGCAGAGGAAGGCACACACCAUCGUCAAGCCGCGCCAUGACAAUGGACUCACCUCACAUGUGCCCGGCGCUGUGCCGUCAGAGUACAUGUUCCACACUCAAAUUCUCGCACCCACCACACCCAAACCCACCCAAUUCUCCGCAGCACUCACCCAUGCCUCAUUCCCCGACUCCAUGCUGGAUGAAGGAUUAGCAGAGCUAGCUUCAUUCGGUCAGCCUGGCGCAGAAGUCCGUGUUAGCGCCAGCGCAACCCGGCCCUCAGCGGCUCCUGUUGAGGACUCACGGGCCCAGGUCACUGAGUUGGAGAACGAGGUAUCUGUGCUCAAGAAAAAGGUUGCGGUGAAUGAGACUGCUCGUCACAAUGCGGAUGAUGAGGUCGUACAGCUGCGCUCGGACCUUGCCAAUCUGCAGGAUUACAUCAAUGAGCUCCAUGAGAAGCAGGAGGCAGCUCGGAAGGCGAAGGUCCUGCGGCGAGCAAGGAAGCAGGAUCGUGAGAAGAAGAGGAGAGAAGCUUGGCUUGCUGCCGAGAAAAGGGGUCAAAGUGGAGAUGCGGCUGUCCAGAAGAUGGACGACGCCAGCAGUGACUCGGAUCAGAGUGAUGAAUAA